CAACAGAAGAACCUGGAGGGUUAUGUGGGUUUUGCUAAUCUGCCCAACCAAGUUUACAGAAAAUCUGUGAAGAGAGGUUUCGAGUUCACACUCAUGGUUGUAGGGGAAUCUGGACUGGGAAAGUCAACGCUGAUCAACUCACUCUUUCUGACAGACCUGUACUCCCCUGAAUACCCAGGUCCUUCACAUCGGAUUAAAAAAACUGUUCAGGUGGAACAGGCGAAGGUUCUGAUAAAGGAAGGAGGCGUGCAGCUUUUGCUCACCAUCGUUGACACCCCUGGCUUUGGCGAUGCCGUUGACAACAGUAACUGCUGGCAGCCAGUCAUCGAUUACAUCGACAGUAAGUUCGAGGAUUACCUCAACGCAGAGUCCAGGGUCAACAGACGGCAGAUGCCGGACAACAGAGUGCAGUGCUGCCUGUAUUUCAUCGCUCCCUCUGGACACGGAUUGAAGCCCCUUGAUAUUGAAUUUAUGAAAAGGUUACAUGAAAAAGUAAACAUCAUCCCCCUCAUCGCCAAAGCAGACACAAUGACUCCUGAGGAGUGUCAACAGUUCAAAAAACAGAUCAUGAAAGAAAUCCAGGAGCACAAAAUCAAAAUCUAUGAGUUCCCAGAGACGGAUGACGAGGAAGAGAUGAAGAUGGUCAGAAAAAUCAAGGAUCGUUUACCCUUGGCCGUAGUCGGUAGUAACACCAUUAUCGAGGUCAACGGAAAGCGAGUGCGUGGAAGGCAGUACCCAUGGGGUGUGGCUGAAGUGGAAAAUGGAGAGCACUGUGAUUUUACAAUCCUGCGGAACAUGCUCAUCAGGACCCAUAUGCAGGACCUGAAAGAUGUGACAAACAAUGUUCACUAUGAGAACUACCGUAGCAGGAAACUUGCUGCAGUCACAUACAAUGGUGUGGACAACAAUAAGAACAAGGGACAGCUUACCAAAACUGAGACGGCUGAAGGCAUGAGUCCUCUAGCCCAGAUGGAUGAGGAGCGACGGGACCAUGUGUCCAAGAUGAAGAAGAUGGAACAAGAAAUGGAACAAGUGUUUGAGAUGAAGGUCAAGGAGAAGCUCCAGAAGCUCAGAGACUCUGAGGCUGAGCUCCAGAGACGUCAUGAGCAAAUGAAAAAGAACCUGGAGGCCCAGCAUAGAGAACUGGAGGAGAAACGUCGCCAGCACGAGGAGGAGAAGGCCAGCUGGGAGGCCCAGCAGAGGAUUCUGGAACAGCAGAAACUAGAAGCCUCCAGGACCCUGGAAAAGAACAAAAAGAAGAAGAUAUUUUAAUGAAUAACUCUGGAGAACCUUCCUUAUGUUACAGUGUAGUUUUUGCCAACCUGCCAGCCUAGAUUGUCAGAGCACCUGUCAAUCAACUACAUCCGCUGUUUGACCAUAUUACUGUGUAAUAAUCAAGUGAACGCCAGGGGGCAGUGUUGUCUGGAAUCUGAAUUUAACCAACCCUUCUCUCAUCCUCAUGUUCCUCCUUAAAGAGCUGGUAUUAUUUCUAUAUUGAUUCAGUGUGCACUCCUGUUUUGGCUCACUGCUCACAAAACAAGUUUAUUCACAUAGAAAAUUCAACUGAUGGUCUUCUUUCAUAACAAACAGGGGGGUAAAGUUCAGAUUUCAGUCUCUCUUGCCUCUUUUCUUCUUCUACUUUGGGAAUGUUGGAUGCUACACUGCUGUGCUGCAUCUUUUUAAUGCCAAAAAACAAACGAACAGGUCACUUCCUGCACAUUGGCGGACAGCAUCAGGCUGAAGCUCACCUCAGGCACUGUUUUUUAUAUGUAUAUGUAUCUUUCGGUUCACUUAUUUAGGUAUGACAUUUAACUUCCUCCCAGUGGUAUGCUCUUCAUCUCCUGUAAUGUAAAUUGUAUAACCAUGAACUUCAGUGUUUAACAACCAUGUGUAACAUUUUCUUACGUUUUGCUCAUUUCUUUUUUUUUUGCAUAUUGUAUAGGCCCUGGUAUAGAAAUUGUGUUCAUUUUGUUGCCAGUAUCAUAGUCUGUUUUCCAGCCUUGCUCUUGGAAACCGUGCAUGUAUUCCUGACUUCACUCAUGCGGAGUGUAACAAUGUCAAGAAACUUCUCUUGAAGUGCUUUUACAUGAAUUUAUUUGAACUUCUUGUGCAGGUUCUAUUAAAAAAACAUAAUUUCCAGCAGAAUCAAAUCUUUCCAGGGGCGGGAUGAUAAAAGCUUGUGUCAGAUGUUGGUGAAAGCUGGAGCUGAGAUACUUCAGCCCAACAGUGGUCAACUCAAUAACUGUACCAAGCUGGCUUUCUUUACAUCACAUUUAGCAAUGUUUGUGUACUGCAUCUGUAUUUUUUUAAUGUCUUUUAUUGUAAAAAGUCACAUAAUAAAAUUGUGA